GUGGAGAAUGAUAAUGCGCAGUUGCAACUGGAGCUGAAGAUGGAGAGAUCAAGAAUGCAGAGGUUGCAACAGGUUAUGUUCGAGAGCGAGAUCAAGGUGCAGGAGCUCGAAGAUGGCUUCCUUCAGCUUUACCUCGAGUACCAGAACCCGGGAUCAGGGAGAGAUGGCCUGGGAGUGAUUGAAGCUUUGGCUCAGAGCAUGCGUCAAAUCCAAGAGUUGCAGGUGAAGGCGUUGGCCAAGAAUCAGGUAGAUGAGGAGGCCCCGGAGAUGGUUAAAACAGCAGUUACCUCGCUUCCGCUACUUGGAGUACCUGAAGGAGAUCAAUGUGGGCUCUUGUUUCAGGACUGGAUGACGCAAGUGACUACAUCAAUGCAGGACCUGUCCGCGGGCUCCGGUAUGUGGUGGGAAGCAGUAAAGAAGGCUGUAAUUACCGCUUACUCAAGAUGGCUGGGAUCUACUCCACUCGAAAGGCUCAGCAUUGAGCCAGCAGCAGCGCAUGAGUUGGUGGAGGGGAAAUGGAUUCGAGUCAAUGCUAGAGCCUGCGCUAUGGUCGUGCAGUCAGAGCAGGAGAGCGGGCAACAAUAUUGCAGAAGCUCCAAGGUGCCGAAGUUCCUGGAACAACAGAGGUUUGACGACAUUGACUACAACUACUGUUGGAAGGGUGACGUCUUGAAGUACCAGCAGCACUUGCAAGCAGAAGUAGAGAACAUAGCGUCGGAUGCCGUCGUGGAGGUAAAUGUCCAUAUCCUCAUGACCUUUCAGGACUUGCCAAGGCAGAGAGGGCUAAGAAAUGUCUUGCAUGCGGAGCAGAAGAUCAUCGACAGCGAGACUGCCCUACAAAGUCAGCGAGGACAGCCAAUACUGUCAUGGGAAGCUCUUCUACAAGCAGCAGCAAAGGUGGCUGGAGCAGCGCCAUCGGAGCCAAAGGCUCCAUCGAUCAAGGUUUUGUCGUUGCACAGUGGUCCAAGCGGUGGGAAGCAUGAGACUGCCUAUGCCUUGGUUGACUCAGGUGCUACACAUCCACUACGACGAGCUUCUGGAAUUGGGGAAUGGCAAGCUGCAAGUCCGGUUGUUGUUCACUUAGCCGGAGGAGAAGUGGUGGAACUUCGAAUGAACUCGGCGGGCACUUUGUUGGUGCCUAGCUCAGGGAUGACGAGAACAGCGUCCACAGCGCCAAUAGUUCCUUUGGGGUCACUGGUUGGAGUGCUGGGAUACCGAAUGGAGUGGCACGGGUCAAGGUGUCGCUUAACUAGCCGUGAAGGUGAUGUUCUCAACCUACGAGUACGUGAUGGAUGCCCGGAGGUAACAGAGCAGCAAGCCCUCGACCUCAUUGCGAAGAUCGAAGACAAAAAGCUCCAAACUCUGAGAACAUCUACAGAAGCCACAAAAGGAGCCGUGAGGGAAUCAAUGUUAGUGCUGAAUCGAUCAUGGUUUGACCACCUGAUUUCCUAUUGUCGCUCUGGGAUAGGAUCCGAGGCCUUAUCUGCAAUCCAGUCAGCGCCUUUCUUCCAGGAAGUUCCACAGGAAGCACUUCGAGGACUCAGUGAGGCGGAUCCAAUCUCGAAUGGCUGGGAUGCUCUUCGUGGGUUGCAGCACCUCAAUAGAAGAACUCGGAAGAAGUUGUGGGCAUCAAAGAACUGGGUGGUUCAUUUGUUUGCAGGGAAGAAGCAGAACGAGGAGGUUAUGUUUUUGGAGCGACAGGGUUUUGCAGUUCUGGAGCUGGAUAUUGAAAGGGGGAAAUCGCAUGAUCUAUGCAAUCCUCUGGUGUGGAGAGCUAUAGAGUGGGCAGCGCGCAAUGGUCGUAUCUCCACAGUGAUUGGGGGACCCCCGCAAUCAACGUUUAUGCUCCGAAGAUCUAUGAGACCCGGUCCAGAAGCCCUCAGAAGCAAUGAGUUCCCGUAUGGAGGAUGGAAUGGACAGUCGGACAAAGACAGAAGAGUGGUGGAUCGACACACUGGACUCUUUGCCAAGAUGAUUUACCUUCAUGCUUUAGCAACAGCUGGACGAUGUGCUUAUCCAAGCGAGCCGGGCGACUUCAAGGAGGUGGGUUUUAUGUUGGAGCAACCUCGAGAUCCACGGGGCUAUCUUUUGUUUUCAGAUCCACUGGCAGUUGAUGCAGUAAGUUUUUGGCGAACCAGUCUGUGGAUACUGUAUGCAGAAGAAGCUGGAUUGAGCACCUUCAGUUUUGAUAUGUCCUCAUUAGGAAAGGCUUUGUCGAGGCAGACCACAGUUGGCACCAAUCUUCCGCUGAGACAGAUAGACGGCUUGAAGGGUCGAGUACAAGAUGAUCCUUAUCCGCCCGAGCACGCCCCACCUUCGGUAUGGACGCGAGAGUUCUCUGAGAUUGUGUCGAUUGCAGUUAGGGAACAAAGGAUCACUCCGAGAAUGUUGAAGAUGUCGGCGGAGCAGUGGAAAGAUCAUGUUCGGAAGGGUCACUUACCGUUCAGUGGGCCUUUGAAAAUUCCUGGGCUUGACGCAGAUGCACGGGGUGAACUUGAUGCAGAUCUUCCAUCUGAAGAAGGCUCGUUCGACUUUGAGGAGUUGAAGCCGGAGGAGGUUGAAGAGAAAUCGAAGGAAGUUCAGGGUGACAUUGGUGGUGUUGACGAAGUUCCUGAAGGGGAAGCUGAAGAGUUAGACGAUGAAGAUGAUCCUCAGCCUCCAGCGCCAGAUCCAGGUGAAGCCCUUGAUGUUACAGGCCCGGAUACAGUGAACCUUGUGUUUGCAACGGCUAUGAUUGACAACAAGGGAGCUACGGUGUUGGAAGCCAUUCAGGAUGUGGUGAUGUACUGCUGGUCCCUUAACAUCCCUAUCGUAAGAUUCCAUUGCGAUCGUGGAAUGGAGUUCUAUGCGAAAGCUACAAGACAGUGGGUCAAAUACCAUGGGAUGAGAUUCACUACCAGUGAGGGAGGUUUGCACCAGCAGAAUGGCAUGGUGGAGAAUGCAGUUCGCUAUAUCAAACAGAGAGCGCGGACUUUACUCAUCGGUGCCAAGCUACCUCAGCGUCUAUGGCCUCAAGCAAUCACAAUGGCGGCGUCUAUGCAAAGGGCCUCAGUCUUGGGAAUGGAAACUAGAUUGGCGGCUCCUUUCGGGGCCAAAGUGCUGGUUAGACGCAGGGAAUACGGUGGGACUGCAGAGCCGGGAAAGCCAGAUGAUCUUGCGCCAAGGUGGCUUGAAGGGAGGUAUCUGGGACUUUCUGAAACAGUUCGUCGUGGACAUUUGGUCUACUUGUCAGGUGAUGAUGGAGAGAAGUUUAUCCACACGGUUAAUGUACGCGUUGGCCUAGAAGAUCACCCGCUCCCUGGACCAGAAGUUGAAGCUGAUCUUCCUGGACCACCAAGCAGGCGACUUCGAGGUAAGGCCAGUGGAAGCGGGGAUGUGGUUUCGGUUUCCAAGGCUGAAACGGUGGUUGGAAGUGAAGAUUUGAAAUUCAGAGCUCAGAAGCUACUGGAAGAAUGGUCCCAGGAGGAGGCGGAGAAGCUGUUGGUCCAUGUUGCACUCAGUUUGAACCCUAAUGAUCGGGUGUUCGGUGUAUUUAGACAUGGUGGUCGAGUGGGCUUGACCAAGGCUACCUACGAUCAUCCAUGGAUAGCUGAGAUCUUCGUGAAGGCUCUGGUGGGAAGAUGUCCAGAAGCUGAGUUUUCUGCGGUGUAUGUUUCAGUAAAUACAACCCGGGAGAUCCACAUCGAUAGCAACAACCUUACUGGGAUGUCGAACUACGUGUACCCUUUGGCAAUGCCCUCCAAGGGUGGAGGUUUGUGGAUUGAGCUAGCUGACGGAGAUGUGGUUCGAGGGAAGAUUGUUGAGAUGCAGGACAAGAAAGGCCACGGUCAUUUUGGUUGUGUACAGCCUCUUCUACCAGGUCAUGUGGUGUCCUUCAAUCCUCAUCGUCGACAUGCUGUACUACCGUGGAAGGGACUAAGGGUGGUGUUCGUUGGAUAUACACCUGGAGUUCCCCAAAAUUUGCUGGGUCCUGAACGUGAAGUUUUGAGCAGGCUGGGAUUUCCAGUUCCAUCAGAAGUUGAGCAGUCAUCUCCGUUUGUGGCGUUGCGAGUGCUUUCAGUGGCUGAGUCUGAAGAUAAGAGUCUACUUCAGGAGGAGAUUGAGCCGCAAGAGCUUGAGCAAGGCAGCGCAAUUGCUAUUUCAGAUGGCUCGGUACUAUUUCAUGAAGUACCCCGAGGAGAAGAGUAUGGCGCUCCAGCAGAAGGUGCUUUAGUGGGAAGGACCGAGGAGUUGGACUGUUGGGAUAUGUAUCUGCCGCUUGCUGAAGGAGAUCCUCAGAAAGUUCCGAAGGCUAUGAGUGCAUCAUCAGUGGGAGUUCCGGUAGUGGCUAAGGCCGAGGUCACUUACACCAAAGGCAUUGAAGUUCUGCUGAGUAACCUGCAAAGCCCUUUGACAAUCGUUCAUACAGUUGAUCCAGCAGAAGCAGCAGCUUCGUUCAAGGAGUGGGUCAAGCCGGCGGAGAAGGAGAUUUUGUCGUUUGACAAGGCGGCGAAGAAGGUCCUCAGCAGCGAUCCACAGAUCAUUGCAGAUCUUAGAAGUGGAAAGGCAAAGAUUGUGCCAAUGAAGGUUGUGUACACUGUGAAGCCACCGUCUGAAGAAGCAGCAUUGGAGGGGCAACUUUAUCGCCGCAAGGUUCGGAUUGUUGCAUGUGGCAACAUGAUGGCAGAGAGUGGUGAAGACACCUACGCUGCUGCAGCCCCAGCGGAAGUGGUUCGAUCUUCUUUGUCGGUUGCAAGUAUGAACAACUGGGAUGCUGCAGUACUGGAUGUUACAGCGGCGUUUCUACAGACUCCACUAAGUGAGGUGCGAUGUCAGCAGAGGAUUCUUGGACAGCCUCCCAGGGCAUUGGUUCGAGCGGGACUAUGUGGCGAAAAAGAACUAUGGGAGUUCACUCAUGCAGUUUACGGACUUCGAGAGUCUCCUCGAUGGUGGGGGGAGUUCAGAGACAGCCAAAUGGCGCAGCUCAAUAUUGUGGUUGGAUCCAAAAGGAUUAAGCUUCUUCAAUGCCGUGUUGAAGGGAGUUGGUGGAGGCUAGUUGAUGAUCGAGCGUUGGUUGGACUGGUCGUGAUCUACGUGGACGACUUACUUAUCUGCUCAACUCCUACGAUCAUAAAGGCCGUGUCAGAAGCAGUGAAGUCUCUUUGGGAAACGAGUUCUUUGUCUUGGGCAUCAGAAGGGGGAAUCCGCUUCUUGGGUAUAGAAAUCUCCAAGGUUGAGGGCGGCUUUGCGCUGAACCAGGAGCCAUAUAUCAAGGAGCUCACACGGAUUCACUCCAUUGCAGAGACCCAGCGAGAUUUAGUGCCGGUCUCAAAGGAGAUGUCAAGCUUUACUGCUGAAUCGGAUGAAGCCGUAUUCACCACCAGCGAGCUCCGCGAAGCACAGCAAGUUGCCGGUGAAGUGUUGUGGGUGUCGCAGAGGACGCGACCUGAUAUCGCGUACGUCGCCAGUCUUAUCAGCUCCUUAUCGGCCAGAGCGCCGCGCAGAGCUGUGAAAAUAGGGAAAAAAUGCAUGGGCUUUCUUCAACGCACAGCCCAACAGCACUUAUGGAUAAGGGCUACUUCACCCCAGCUAACAGCAUGGACAGACGCAUCAUAUGCACCUGAUGGAGGUCGUUCCCAUACAGGUUGGCUAAUAACACUGGGGGAAGCGCCAAUCAACUGGAGAUCGGCGCGGCAAAGUACAAUCACGUUGUCGACUGCAGAAAGCGAGCUCGGUGCCAGCGUGGAGGGAGCAUUGGCACUUAUCUCGGCCGAAGCACUUUUAUCGGAGCUGGACUUGGAUAUGACACAGUCGAGAUUGCGCACAGACAGUACUUCUUCCCUCGCCAUACAGCGCGGAUCAGGAUCUUGGCGUACUCGUCAUUUACGUAUCAAGGCAGGGUGGAUCUGCGAAAGACUGGUGGCCGGGGAUUUAGAACUGGAACAUUGGCCUGGAGAUCGGCAACUAGCCGAUAUUCUAACGAAGCCGUUGUCCUCUAUGCGGAUCAGGCAGUUGUCGCAGUUGAUUGGGUUAGCGGGUCCGCACCUCAAUGGUUUCAAGGUUUUGGUGGCAAUGAUGGUUUUGUCACAAGCAGUCUCAGCGCAAGACCCAACAGGGAUGGCUAUUUACGAGCCGAUGGCGGUUGAUCGUGGAUUGAUGGCAUGGUGUAUGUUCGCAGUGAUUGCUCUGUUGUGGACAGCAGCCUGGGAAUUGAUCAAGUAUGCUGGAUGGCAAAUUUACUUCUCAGCAACUCCUGGGGCAAGUUCGCGAAGGUUGAGGAGAUUGCAGAGGAUCCGAGAUACAACCACUGAAGCAAUCCGAAGUGAGCUUACAAGAAGUAGGCCAACGGGAGAUGGGAAUUUUCCAGUUGAAAGACGAAGGGCUCAGGAUGCAGAGAGGAACUACGAAAGUUCUUCGAGCAGCCGGGGACGGGGAGAGUCAACGUCAAGGAUUCCCAACACCCCUAUUGUCUCGAGGAGCACUGUGUACCAAAGUGAUCAAAGGGACAAGGCUGUACAAACUACUGGACCUGCCUUCGCUCCUUGUGUCCCGGAGGUGAGGACAGAGGUCAGGCGAGAAGUACAAGUUCCUGAAAAUGUCCACAUUGUUCCAGGCAAUCAGUGCUUUCAUUUGUACAAUCCUUGCUAUGCUUUCCGUCAUAGAGGGACUCAAGAGAGGGUGCAAACUUUGAGGAUUUGUGAGUAUUGCGUUCGUCAUCGUGGACGGAAUCCUCAGUCGCCUACGCCGCAGCAGAGCCUUGAUGAAAUCCUGAGAGCCGGAAUGAUGCCAAAUUUCGACCGACCCGGGGCUAACCUGGGAUAA